AUGAGUUCCUCCAAGGGUGAGGAUGCGAAGUUCUUCGCGAGGGGCAAGGUCGCCGAACUCAAGACAGAGCUCAACACCUCUGGAGGCAAAAAAGAUAAGAAUUUCCUCGCCAAACGUAUCGCCCUGAAGAAGAUCGUCGCCAAUAUGACCAUGAGCAACAACGACAUGGUGGCUUUAUUUCCAGACAUUGUGAAUUGUAUGGGAAUACAAAAUUUGGAAAUCAAGAAGAUGUGUUUCCUCUAUUUGGUCAACUAUGCGCGUGCGAAGCCAGAGAUCGCACUCAAAGCGUUGCCUAUCCUUGUUACGGACUUGGAAGACACCAACCCCUUAAUGCGAGCAUUGGCUCUCAGAACCCUCUCAUAUAUCCACGUGCGGCAAUUCGUCGAAGCAACGAUCGACCCACUCAAGCAGCUUCUCAAAGACCAGGAUCCUUAUGUACGGAAAACAGCAGCUUUCACAGUCGCGAAAGUCUAUGACCACGACAGGCAUCUGGUUGAACGAAGUGAUUUGAUCGAUAGGCUCAACUCAAUGUUGCGCGAUGAGAACCCAACCGUUGUCUCGUCCUCACUCGCAGCGUUGAUGGACAUUUGGGAACGAAGUGAGAGUAUUAAACUCACCAUUGAUUAUGCAAAUGCCAGCAAGAUAGUUCAGAUCCUCCCGGACUGCUCAGAAUGGGGACAAACAUACAUUCUCGAAGCUCUAACCUCUUAUGUCCCUCAAGAUACCCAAGAAGCAACCGUGCUCGCCGAGCGCAUUGCCCCACGCCUAUCUCACACCAACUCUGCUGUCGUGCUUACGUGCAUCCGCGUCAUACUCUACCUAAUGAAUUACAUCUCGAGUAAGCAAGCCAUUGCAUCGCUCUGCGCCAAAUUGUCCCCUCCUUUAGUCACCCUCCUUUCCAAAGGACCCGAAAUCCAGUACCUGGCUCUGCGAAAUGCAUUACUGAUCCUUCAACGACGACCGGAGGUGCUAAGGAAUGAUAUUCGGGUAUUCUUUUGCAAAUACAACGAUCCGAUCUAYGUCAAAGUCACGAAGCUCGAACUAAUCUUCAUGCUGGCGAACGAGUCCAAUAUCAAAGAAGUGCUCACCGAGCUACGAGAGUAUGCCACCGAGAUUGACGUUCAUUUCGUCCGAAAGUCCGUUCGAGCGAUCGGAAAGCUGGCCAUCAAGAUAGAACCGGCCGCGAGACUCUGCAUAUCUACCCUGCUGGAGUUGGUGGCAACGAAAGUCAGCUAUAUCGUGCAAGAAGCAACAGUCGUUAUCAGGAACAUCUUCCGCAAAUAUCCCAAUCAAUACGAAAGCAUCAUUUCCACGCUUUGCGAGAAUCUGGACUCGCUGGAUGAACCGGAGGCGAAAGCAGCGAUGAUCUGGGUCAUCGGACAAUAUGCUGACAGGAUAGAGAACUCAGAGGUACUGCUCGAAGACUUCCUCGACAGCUGGUCUGACGAAACACACGAGGUACAGCUCGCACUGCUCACAGCAACGGUGAAGCUGUUUAUCCAGCGGCCCAAGAUCGCAGCAGAUCUGGUGCCAAAGGUGCUGAAAUGGGCGACGGAAGAUACAGACAAUCCAGAUCUGCGAGAUCGAGGCUACAUGUACUGGAGGCUGUUGAGCAGUAAUCCUACGGCUGCCAAGGAGAUUGUCAUGGGAGAGAAGCCCGCGAUCACUGCCGAGAGCGAGAAGCUGGACGCCGUAACACUGGAGGAAAUGUGUCUGGUCGUUGGCACGCUAGCGACUGUGUAUCUCAAACCUGUCCACACGGUCUUCCGAUCUGCGAGACCGAGACGAUUGCAGGACUCCCCAGCGUUGCAGAAGGAGACGCUUCCCGGGUGGGAGGCAGCGAGGACUACAAGGCUUGAGAUUCCUGUUAGCAGCGCUGCACAAAGCGCUGACGUUCUUGAUGAAGCAGACGCCUAUUUUGCAAGUAUUGGAUCUGCGCAGGGUGCACAGCAGGCCCAUGAUGGGUUUUCGCAUAGUCCUGUUGGAGGACCGGGAGGACAGCAAAUGUAUGUGGUCAAUCAAGGACAGGGGCUCGGGACUAUGCCUAGUGCCACCCACGUCCAGAACGGCGAGGGUGACUUGUUAAGCUUCUAG